GUCCCUUGACCCGGUGAGCCGCCAACCCUGCAGUUCCGUGCCCUUGGGGAAGGGAGGAGGGGACGGCAGAGGCUUUUCUCGGACUCCAUAAAAAAACUGGUAUUUUUCUGAGAUCCAUGACCCCACACCCUGCCGUGUGCCCUACUCUGGCAGAAGGCCCUAGCUACGCCCUCGAGUCAUUGUGCCGCUGGAUUCCGAGGUCCGCCCACUUAGCGGGUGUGGGCCUACUGAUGGCCUUUCUGAGCACGCUCCGCGGCUCGGUACCGGCCCCAGGUUUGAGCAGGAACAUGGCAGAAGGGGACACCCUGAUAUCAGUGGAUUAUGAAAUUUUUGGGAAGGUACAAGGGGUGUUUUUCCGAAAGUACACGCAGGCUGAAAGUAAAAAGCUGGGAUUGGUAGGCUGGGUCCAGAACACUGACCAGGGCACAGUGCAAGGACAAUUGCAAGGUCCCAUCUCCAAAGUGCGUCAUAUGCAGGAAUGGCUUGAGACAAAAGGAAGUCCCAAAUCACACAUCGACAGAGCAAACUUCAGCAAUGAGAAAGUCAUCUUAAAGUUGGAUUACUCAGAUUUCCAAAUUGUAAAAUAAUGACCUGAAUUUAAAUUUUCCAAGAGAAACUCAGUGGUUUUGUUUUUUAUUGUUAACAGAGAUAGAAUUAUUCUGAGUCUAAUAUUAGAAUUUGUCAGUAAGUUAUUUUAGUAUCAGAUACCUGAAUAUUACUGUAUAUAAUAUGCAUGAUGGAAGGAAUGAUUACAACUGUAAACAGUUCUAAUAAAAACACAUCAGAAC